AUGCCGCUGAACCCUGUCACCUCCACCCCCUUCUCGGUCAAUGAUAUCCUGAGGCUGGAGCCAGAGCAGAUAGAUCCCGAAUUCUUGCAACUCCGGGAGGCACCGGGGAGCCCUGAAAGCUUUCAGUGCCAGCGACCGGUCCCAGAACCGCGAAAGUCAGAGGUUCACAGCACCCGCAGCGCCUGCGGCGGAAACAGCGACAGAACCGACGAGUCGGGGUGUGCUGGUGGUCCCCCCGAGACGCUCGCAGAGAUGGACUCAGAACGCGUGGAGGAGCCACAGCCGGGCCUCAGCGCAGCCUCGCCCCUCCGCGGCGGGACCAGGGGGCCGGAGCUCGGCGUCGGCGACCCCGGCAGCGGCGCGCGCGGGACCGGCCCCGAGCAGCCCAAGGCGCGCCAGCGGCGGAAGCCCCGCGUGCUCUUCUCGCAGGCGCAGGUGCUGGCGCUGGAGCGGCGCUUCAAGCAGCAGCGGUACGUGUCGGCGCCCGAGCGCGAGCACCUGGCCAGCGCGCUGCAGCUCACGCCCACGCAGGUCAAGAUCUGGUUCCAGAACCGGCGCUACAAGUGCAAGAGACAGCGCCAGGACAAGUCCCUAGAACUGGCGGGCCACCCCCCGGCGCCGCGCCGGGUGGCCGUGCCCGUGCUGGUGCGGGACGGCAAGCCCUGCCUGGGCCCCGGCGCGCCGGCUUUCUCGGGCCCCUACGGCGCCGCCGCGGUGCCCUAUUCCUGUUACGGCGGCUACGCGGGCGCCCCUUACGGCGCCGGCUACGGCGGCGGCUACGCGGGCGCGCCCCCGGGUCCUGCGACGCCCGCACCCCUGGCCAGCGCGGGUUUCGGCGGGGGUGGCCCCGGCGCCGGCCCGCAGAGCCACCUGCCCGCCGCGCUGCAGGGCAUCAGGGCCUGGUGA